AAUUAUCAGUAAACCAGAACAACUUUAGCAUCCCCUUAACGAGUUACAGAAUCGCACUACAGUGGCUGCUAAGGGGCGAAGAGUUUUCAAAAAACUACCAGAAGUCAUUAGGGACGCAAUCAGCAAAUAACUAUAAAAUCGCGAAAGAAUGACGAUUUCAAGAAAUUUAAUUUUUUCGCAGCUCGUAAAUCUUUCACGACUCCGUGCCCUUUCGCGGCCGAAGACAUGGUCGCUCUUUGUAGCUAUGCUUUUCUGUACCACUCCACUCCACAGUACUCCACACCUCUUCUCUCUCUGUCUCUCUCUCUCUCUCUCUCUCUUUCUCUCACUCUCUCCUUCUCUCUCUGUGUGUUUCUCUUUCCAACGUAUUAUCGUAUUAUGUUCUUGUUCCGUUUUUGAGUGCAAAAAGUUCACGACACACAGUGCAGCUACCAAGAACAGCCUUCACACAUCUGAAUCUGUGAACUGGGUAUCGACUUCUCGUUAUGUCAAAACGAAAGCGAUGUAAUAAAGAGGAUCGUAUUUUUCCGCACCUCCUAGUCAGUGGUGGGUGAGAGAAGACGGUGUACGGGACCAGUGAGGAAGAGUGAGGAAGGGCGGCUCGAUUCGUCGUUCCCAAGUCUGUCCAAGUCAAUCCGCCGUGUAAAAUAUGGACGCCGCAGAGAUAAAUACGUUGGAUCCGCCGCAAGUCGAGGACGCGGCCGCUGUGAAGAUAUGCCGCGUCUGUCUGCUCGACAACCUGAUGAUGCGCGACCUUUUCCUGGAGAGCGAAGUUACGUCCCUGUCGACGAAGGCGAUGAGCUUUGCCAAUGUUAAGAUGUUACCAGGUGAUGGUCUACCAGCACAAGUAUGCUGUGUAUGUGCCGACAAACUGGAGUCGGCAUAUGAGUUUAAGUUACAAGUGGAACAAGCUGACAGUGUUCUUCGAGAAAGGCUCAUUGGAGGGAUAAUAAAGGAGGAGGAGAUAUUUCUCAAUGAAGUUGAAAUACAUUUAGACACUGAAAGGAAUGACAAUAUUGAGGAAAUCAGUAUCAAUACUGAUUAUGAAUCCAAUGCCACGCUGCCAGUGGAGUCGGAAGCUAACAAGAAUUUUCUAAAAAAUCAGUUAAUGAUUUUGCAAGCUGAAAAAUUGGAAGAGACAGAGGGAGGAAUGCAACAAAGUAAGAAAUAUUCAGAACUACCAGAUAACUCGCAAGAAAUCACACAACAGAACAUUGCAGAAGAAUUGCAGCAAGAAUUAGCUGAUGCAGAAGAUAAUGACAUAUUAGAUGCUGUUGAUGAAUCGAGGGACGAGGAACCUUCCAGCGACGAGAAUGUCAUUCGAAGCUGCGCAGAUAUGAUUCCAGCAGAGGAACACGAUUAUAUUAUGCAGCAGCAGUGUAUAUUGCCUCCUGAACGACUCCCUUUACGAGAAGAGAUACAAGAGACUGUACCAGAACUUGGACAAGACAAAAACAUAGUAGAACAUCAAGAUACACCAUUCGAACAAAAUCAAGAGAUUCUGACUGAGCAAAACCAAGAAAUUCAAAUUCAGCAAAUACAUGAGUCUCAAGCUGACCUUCACAAUGAAGAGAUUCAAGCAGAACUGAAACAAGAGGCUCAAGCUAAGGAGGAGAAUCAAGCUAAGCAAAAUCAAAACAAUAAAGAAGAAUUACUCAGGGAGGAAGCCAAAAAUGUAUCAGUAGUGGAACAACAGGAAUCGUCCCAGAGUGAAACUAGAAGAAGUAAACGUAGAUUAGCUCGUCGGACAUUCGCCGAACGAGAUUCCGACGAGGAGAAUUAUUUUGAGAAUCUGAAUCUCAGUUCACGGUUGAAAAAAGCACAGGCGGAUAAGGCAGAGAAGAUAUUUUUUAUGUGUUACUUGUGCGACAAGCAGUUCCUUUCAAAGAGCGUUUUGAAAGAGCAUAUGCAUUCCCAUGAAGAGGUGAGGAAAACGCUGUCUCUGAAGAAAACGCCGGAGAAACCGCAAAAGGUGCAGACUUCCGUCGUGAAGACGCCGCCAUCUGGGAAAAAAGCUAACAAGUGCCCUUAUUGUGGUAAAGAGUAUCUGUACAUAAUUUCGUUUACUAAACACAUUAAGCAACACGAGCGGGAACGAGAGGAAGCGAAGGAAGAAUCGAUGCCGCUCGAGAUAUCGUUCCACGAGGAUGAAAACAGUCUAGACAUCGAGAGCAAUAAAUCCGAUGGUGAAUGCAAGAAGCGAAAAAGAGGAAACAUUGACGCAGACGACGCCAUGAGCGACAGUGAUGAUAAGAGAAGAAAGCGUAGUCAUGUCGAGGAGUUUGCAUGCGACAAAUGUUCAGAAAAAUUUGAUACGAAGCGAAGCUUGCAAAAGCACUCGAUCACGCAUGUUAAUUUAAAAUGUAGUGUGUGCAACGAGGAAUAUGAUACUCUGGAGCAACUGAAAAAUCAUCGUACGAAGCACGUGAUCGAGGGCGUGCUCAGCGAACAAGAUUUGGAAGAAGAUAUGAAAAAAAUAACGGAAAUUAAGACUAUUGAGAAUGACAUUGAUGACAACAAGAAUAUCGAGAGUGAAGGGAACACCAGUAAAAACACGAAAGAACUGAAGUGUCCUACGUGUUCGAUGACGUUCUCGCGCAAGAAAGCGCUGUCGAAACACAUAGAGACGGCACACUCUAGUGGCCGCUUUUACGAAUGCAAGAUAUGUUGCCAACAUUUCACGCGGAAGGAACUUCUGCGUAGGCACACCGAGCAGCAUGCGCGAGUGAAGACUUAUAAAUGUACCCAGUGCAACAAGACCUUCGGUAACGAGCUCACUCUUAGAAAUCAUUUGAUCGCUACGAAUCACAAGACAUUUAUGCAUGGGCAGGAAUACGAUCCGAAUAAACGUAUAAAGCGCGUCGCGGCAAGAGCAGCACAAAAGAUCAUCGACAAGAUCAAGACGGAGGACGGUCUCGAGGAUUACGACGACGAUAACGAUGAUAAUACUGAUUACGACGCCAAGUUGGACGGGCAUUAUCGCCGUAAGCGAUCGCUUGAUGCUACACCAAAGAAGUACAAUUAUAAGAAAGAAUUUGAGUGCGCAUCUUGUAACAAGAGGUACAGCUCGAAGCAAGCAUUAACGAAGCACAUGGAGCAGCAUGUGAAGGAGGAGAAAGUGGAGAAGGCAGCGGAGAAGGCGGCAGAGAAGCUGAAGAAGGCCAAUUUGGCCGAAAAGAAGGAGGAACAGAAAAUGAGCAACGUGGGUGAUAACGAUGAUGACGAUGACGACUCCGACUUUGAAAGCGGCCUCGAAUGGCCAAUGGACAGCCACGAGUGCACCACGUGCAAGAAGCGAUACAGUACGAAGAAGUCGCUGCUGCGCCAUCAGUUGUUGCACGAGGAACCGAACUUCGCGUGCGAUAUCUGCAAUCUCAAAUUCUACCGCAAGGACAAGCUGAAGGCGCACUACGACAAGUGCUCAGAGAAGAAUCCCGAUCAAGUAAGAAAGUGCAACAUUUGCGGCGACAGUUUCGAAAAUAACGAGCUCUUGCGCGAGCAUAGGGCCAAACACGUCACCGAGGGUAUCUUAACAGAGGAGGAUCUGAGGGACAUCGAGCCGAAAUCCGAAGAAAAGAAACCAGGCGAGAAAAUCGGCCGCAAAAGGAGGACUGAUAUCGUAGGGCUCGAGUGUACCGAGUGCAACAAACAAUACACCUCCAGGAAGGGCUUGCUGCGACAUAUACAGGUUCACGAGGGUAAGAAGUACCUGUGCGACAUAUGCCCGAAGAAAUUCUAUCGCCGAGAGCAUUUGAAAAUCCACGUGGCUAAGCAUAACAUGAUCAAGCCGUACAAGUGCACUCGCUGCAGCAAACGCUUCAUUAAGGAAGAGCAGCUCAACAAUCACCUGCCUAAGCAUGAUCGCACUUUCAAAAAGAGCAAGGAGACCGAUAGCUCGAAGAGAUUCCUUUGUGAGAUCUGCAGCAAGAGCUUUACGCAAUCGACAACGCUGAUAGCGCAUCUGCGCGCCCAUAACGGCAUCAAACCGUACGUUUGCGAGGUGUGCUCCAGACCGUUCACCACUAAUGCCUACUUGAAGAUGCAUAUGCGGACGCAUACUCAGGAGCGUCCAUACAUCUGUCAGUACUGUUCACGAGCAUUCGCGCGUGCCGACACUUUAGCGAAUCAUCUAACGUCACACACUGGUGAAGCCAAGUAUCACUGCAAGUGCUGUCCGAAGAAUUUCCGACGAUUGAAAUCGCUAAAAGAGCACAUGUUCAUUCAUACUGGUCAAAGACCGUACGACUGUCCGACCUGCGAUAGAAAGUUCAACAAUAACGGCAGCCGCUACGCGCAUAGCAAGCGCUGCAAACAGAAUCUUUUACAGAAUCAAAAUCGAGCGCAACAGAUGAUGCAACAGACACAGCAGCAACAGCAACAUCAACAACAGCAGCAGCAGCAGCCACAGCAAGUGCAGAUACAAGUGCAACAGCCACAGCCACACCCGGUCAGGUUGCAUCAAACCGCGAUCGGCCAGGCACAAGUAGUCAAGGCGCAGAAUAUCAAGACUAUCGCUAUAACGAGACAAGCUGACCCUACCACGGUAGUAGGCUCGACGCAACAAGUUAUGCAGCAUCAGGAAAUACUAAUGCCUCUAAUCCUACCGCUUACUGUCACUCUCGCCGACGUAGGCGAGGAGGUGAUUCUACCCGAGGGUACAAAGAUAUUCACCACCUCCUAAUCGAGUUGUUCGUUUCAUAUUCAAUUAUGUAGAAAAGAAAAAACAUAUUUGCGAGAAUAAAAACGCAUCCCGACUUUUCGAUGCGAACAACUCGAGCGAGCUUUGUUCUCCUGCGACUAUCGUUUUCAUUCCCACAAUUUCGAUACGUACGGAAAGUCCGAAAAAUGACGCAAGGAGACAGCUCACGAGGAAUAUAUUGGAUAAGAAAGGGUAUGAUGCUCCACUAAAUGUAUAAAUAUACGGAUUGAACAGAGAAAAAAUAUCAUUUUGAUUAUGUACGAAACAUUAUAUUAAAGUUUAUUUUUGCAACGGUGAAGGCGAUAUAUGUAAUGUAUAAUUUAUCUAGUUUUAAAUAUUAUAUCUUUCCACAAUAACAUGUAUUCCCGGGAAUGAAGUGUUAAUGUCUUUGACAAAUCAUAAAAAAAAAGCAAAGAGGCAAAUGUCUUUGUCAUGAAUGUGUGUUGUACAUGUAAUAUAGAUAGAGUUUCUUUAAGAGAUAUAAAAAUAAGAAGUAGUAAUUUUUAAAUACUUAAAGCUUAAUGUAUUAAAUAUAAUACUACUAAAUUUAUUUUGAUUUAGUUUGUUCUUCCAGAGAUCUUUCUUUAAAUAGAAUACUUCCAUUUUUAAAUUGUGUGACAUCGUCAAUUUGAUUAUAGUUACAAUAAAAAUUUGUUAUAUAACGUAAUUGUCAUUUUAUCUAUAUAUAACAUGACAAUUAUAAUUGAUAUAUAUAAUUACAUGAUAAUUAUAAUAAUUAUAUCAACAUUAAUCCUAAAUGAAUAAUAAAUCAUAAACUGACAUUAUGUAAGAUUUUUCCUCGAAUUUAUUAAAUAUUUUAUCUUUUUUAUUAAUACUAUGCAUAUAUAUGUAUUACUAUACUAUGUUAUUAUUGAUUCUUAUAGAAAGAAUAUCCAAGCAAUGUUAUGUAAUAUUGUCUCUUGGAAAUUAAUUCAUAUAAAAUUUUAAUUCAUAUUUCUUGAUUUUUACACACACAAUACUUUAUACAAGAAAGUAUAAAAUUCCAUAUUGCAGUAAAUGUACUUUUUUUCAAAACAGCAGCAAAAUAACGAAUAUCUUAAAAAAUUAUAAAUUUUAUAAUAGAUAAGUUUCAUGCAAUAUGCUUUUACGGGCCAUGCUCUUACACAUAAAUAUUAAUUCGUGUCUGCAUAACAAUUGUAAAAUUAGUACGAAAUUAAAUCAUGUAUAAAUAUAUAAACGUUGUUAUAUGUAUGUGAAGACAUGAUUCUUUAUUCUUAUUACUUAGUUUUUGUUGUAAUAAAUAAAGUAUUUGUUCUAAUCUUA